GCUUGAUUGGUAAAGAGUAGAGGUUUUAUGAUUUUGUGUGAGAGACAAGCGAAUAUGAGAGUAGUAGAAAUCCUAAUUUAAAUAAAUAAUAACUAAGGAAUGUUUAUAACAAUUUAACCAAGUUUUUGCUGAAUAAAGAAGGGAAAAAAUCGUCCUAAACAACCAGGAUUAAACUAAGUUUUACAACAAAAUUUGGAUAUAUAUCCACUUUCGGGCUUUUGGUUGUUUCUUGGUUCAAACGGAGAUAUCCAAUUUUGAACAAAAUUAUUGUGCUUCCAAUUAAAUGUUUUGGUUCGGCUCGAACUAAACCGAGUUAUCCAAACACUAAAGGUCUUGAUAUGUGUAAAAACGUUAACUUACUUUGUUUUAAGAUGGAGGUUUCAAAAAGCUUAAUAAGAUGUUUGUUCUUUUGCUUGCGAUCAACUUGUUUGAGAUUUGUCAAGUUAUUGAAAAAGCAGUUUAAUGGAAACAACAGAAAGUUAGUUUAAAACUCUCCAAUUCGAUUAAACUGUAUUCGACCAAAAAGUUAAUAGUGGAAAGAAAUCAUACCCUUUAUUGGUUCGGGUCAGACAAAACCGAGCUGGUCCAAUUCAUACCCUUUUACCGGUCUUCUUAGAAACGUUUCCAUUCCAAAUUUCCAUCAAAACCCUAAAACUCACAUUCUUUAUCUUUGCACGCAUCCAUGUGGGAAGUCGAGGAGGUUUGAUCAGCUGUGGUAAUUAAACUCCAUAGUCCAUCCCAAUACAGAUUAUAGUUGUGAAGAAAGACAAAUGGUGGGUAGAAAGAAGAAAACCAAAAUAUGUGACAAAGAAGAUAGGAUAAGCCAGUUACCUGAACCUUUGAUAUCUGAAAUACUUUGUCAGCUUUCUACCAAAGAUGUUGUUGGAACAAGCGUUUUAUCCACAAGAUGGAGAAGUCUUUGGCAAUGGGUUCCUGAAUUGGACUUAGACUCGGAUACAUUCUCGAAUUUCGAUGCCUUUGUGAGUUUUGCUGACAGGUUUUUUGAUUCAAACAAGGAGUCAUGGAUACGCAAACUCCGGAUAGAUAUUCCUAAUUCUUCUCAUAGCAAGUCUUUUCCCACCCGAUGGAUUGAUGCUGUGAGUACACGUAGGAUUGAACAUCUCGAUGUUCAUUUUGCCUUUUGUCGGCCAGAAGAAUCACCAUCCCUGAAUAUAUAUGUCUGCCAGACACUGGUACAGUUACAACUCCAAGGGGUCGCCUUGGCUAGUGCCGAGUUUGUUACCUUACCAAGCCUUAAGAUCAUGCAUUUAGAAUAUAUUAGCUAUCCCAAUGAGUCCACUUUGGAGAAACUUAUCUCUGGCUCUCCAGUUUUGGAAGAGUUAACUAUUCGCACAUGUUUUUUUUUUUAUAAGGAAAAGGUUUUACAAGUGCGCUCUCAUACGCUAAAGAGAAUUCACAUAAAUGAGUCCAGUACCCAAUUUGUGAUUGAUGCACCUCUACUCCAGUGUUUGAAGGCUGAGGUUAUCUUUACAAAGAAAUUUCAGAUCAUCAACUCGGCUUUUCCUGGCAGACUAGAUAUUGAUAUCAACUCUACUAGUGAAAGCUUGAUUUGCGAUAUCCUCACCGAUAUUUCGAGGGUCAGGGAUCUAGUUAUUAAUAGGCGUACUUGGAAGGAAAUCUUUGCAUACUCGAAAUCAGGACCGGUGCCUCAGUUUCGUAACCUAUCCCAUCUGAAUGCUACAUUUUAUAUAUAUGAUCUGGAAACGUUGCAAACCCUUCUCGAGAGCUGCCCCAAGCUAGAAUCUCUCGUAUUGGAACUGGUUAAGGACCGAUUAAGGCGACAUAAUAACUUAGAAACAAAUGUGAUUUUUUCAACAGUGCCUCGGUGUUUGGUAUCAUCCCUCAAGUUUGUGGAAUUGAAACGUUCCUUCUCAGGUUAUAAAGGAGAAAUGGAGCUAGUAAGAUACUUCUUGAAGAAUUCAUCAAUCCUGGAGAAGUUUAGGCUUGAUACUUACUAUACGAAAAAGGCAAAGUGUGCCUUUAUUCAAGAACUCCUUACAAUGCCUAGAUGCUCUAGUGCUUGUGAAAUCCAUUGUUCUUUAAUUACUAAAAAAAUUUGUUAAACAUUUCGUUUGAGCUAGGUUAAAUUUUUGGUUGUUAAAUUGGUUGAUUUCAGGAGCUUAUUAGGCUUUGAGCCAUAAGAAAAAUAUUGGGAUAUGAUGCAGAAUGAAGCUAGUAAGGUACUUUAAACUGACUCUACGUUUUGAAUAAUUGUGCAAAUUGAGAAACCCCUGAAAACCCCAAGACUCUAUCACAUUUCAAGCCGUGGUAUGUUUAUUGGUAAAGACUAGAGAGAGAACCAUGUGCAGCUUAAGCUCUUGCCACACAAGAAAUGGCUUUUUGUAUGUUCCGUUUGGAAUAGAGAUGAAACUGUCUGAGGUAGUUUUGUAAGAAUUUUUUGUUGUUUUUUAGAAUCGUUUGGUUCUUCCCUAGAGAACUAUUAGGUUGCGACUCUGUUUUUAUUUUGGCUUGUGAAAAUUUGAGAGGUUGGUCGUUUAUAAACAAGUUAAGCAAUGAAGCUAGUAGCUAGUUUUAAGUAUUUCAUGAUUCUAGACUUGUAACAGUUUCUAUCCUGAAAAUUUCUCACACAAAUUGAAGGCUUAUCAGUUGUUAAUUUUAUCGUGGAGGUGGUUUAAAAUCAAAAGAGUUAUAUUUUCCGGUUGCUAGGCCGAAUAAUUAAUCCUAUGUGAUUUCAGUUUAUUGCAUUACGUCUGCCAAAACAGAGUUCUUCUUCCUCUUCUCUACUACUACUACCUUGGCGUUUGUUCCUUUUUUUUUUUUUGUAUAAUCAUCUCUUAGUGUUUGUGUUCUUCUAGGGACAGAUUGAGUCAUCCUGUGUAUUGCGUCGAUUAGAACCACGAACACUAGGAGCGCCUCGAAGCACACCAAAAAGAAUAUCUUGAGUAAACCUUGUGUAUCAUUUUUUUUCUUUUGGAGUGAGAUAAUACUUUUCAAGAUUCUAAUGUUGCGAGAAAUUAAAGAGAAGAAUAUAUAUAUAUUGGUUUAAUGUAAAAAUAGAGAGAAGAAAAAUUGUGAUGAUUUUGUUUUAAAAACAGUAAAUGUGUGUAGUAGUUUCAUAGUUGGGUUGGGUUCGGUUAUACAAACUUGUUAGGUGAAACUUGAUAUUUAUCAGCGUAUUAAUUUUGCGAGAAAGAGAAGAAUAAUUUUGAUGAUUUUGUUUUAAAGACAGUAAAAACGUGUAGUAGUUUCAUAGUUGGUUUGGCUUCGGUUAUACAAACUUGUUAGGUGAAAAAUGAUAUUUAUAUCAGCGUAUUUAUUUU